AUUAAAAAGAAAAAGAAGAAUUGGGGUCUCAGAAUUGAAGGGGGAAAACUGAAGAGCUGUAUUCACAUGGUAGUGUCGUAACUGGGGUCUUCUCCUUUUCUCUCUCUUCCCUUCCUCUCUCUCUAAUUCCAUUUUCAUAUCCAUGCUUUUCUAACUCCUCCUCCUUUCUCUCUCUUCCUCUUCCAUGGCCGACGACAAGGAGCUAUCUUCCACUGUGGUAGACACCAAUGAAUCCGUCACUGGCCACAUUAUUUCCACGACAAUGGGGGGCAAAAAUGGAGAACCUAAACAAACCAUCAGUUAUAUGGCUGAAAGAGUUGUGGGGACUGGAUCUUUCGGAAUUGUAUUUCAGGCUAAAUGCUUGGAAAACGGAGAAACGGUGGCAAUUAAGAAGGUGUUGCAAGAUAGAAGGUAUAAGAACCGUGAGUUACAGUUGAUGAGAGUGCUAGAUCAUCCGAACGUUAUCUCGCUCAAACACUGCUUCUUCUCAACCACUAUUAAAGAUGAGCUUUUCCUCAACUUGGUGAUGGAGUAUGUUCCUGAGACCAUGUUUUGGGUUCUGAAGCACUAUAGUAGUGCUAAUCAGAGAAUGCCACUCAUCUACGUUAAGCUGUACACUUAUCAGAUUUUUAGAGGCUUGGCGUAUUUGCAUAAUGUUCCUGGAGUUUGCCAUAGAGAUUUGAAGCCUCAGAAUGUUUUAGUUGAUCCCCUCACCCAUCAAAUCAAAAUAUGUGAUUUUGGAAGCGCGAAAGUCCUUGUUAAGGGUGAAGCCAACAUCUCAUACAUAUGCUCUAGGUUCUAUCGGGCUCCGGAGCUCAUUUUCGGUGCUUGUGAAUAUACAUCAUCAAUUGAUAUAUGGUCUGCUGGUUGUGUUCUUGCUGAACUUUUGCUGGGUCAGCCGUUGUUUCCUGGAGAAAAUGCUGUAGAUCAGCUUGUUGAGAUCAUCAAGGUUCUUGGUACACCAACACGGGAAGAGAUACGAUGCAUGAAUCCAAAUUAUUCUGACUUUAGGUUUCCACAAAUAAAAGCAACUCCCUGGCACAAGGUUUUCCACAAGCGUAUGCCUCCAGAGGCCAUUGACCUGGCUUCAAGGCUGCUUCAGUACUCACCAAGUUUGCGCUGCACUGCUUUGGAAGCAUGUGCGCAUCCUUUCUUUGAUGAACUCCGAGAACCAAAUGCUCGCCUACCUAAUGGUCGCCCGUUGCCCCCUCUUUUUAAUUUCAAACAGGAACUGUCUGGAGCUUCACCAGAACUAAUUAACAAGUUGAUUCCAGAGCACGCGAGACGACAGUAUGAACAUAAUUUGAUGCACCCAACAAGGACCUAAACAUUGAAAUGACACAAAUGUUUUUUGCUGGUUGACAAGCAAGAUCCUGUGGAUUACCUUGAGCAAAAACUUGGUCUCAAUUUCUGGAGGCAUUCCUAUAUAAUUUUCUCAGCCGGAGCAAGUGAGCAAUCCUUGUAGCUGGAGUGCUGCUGCCUCUACGUGGUUUACUUGUUCUCACUGCCAAUGUGCUUUUUUGUCUGUAAAUUGUUGAUAGAAAGGUCAAUUUGAUAAUGUACUAAAGUUAGUAGAUGUUGUAACUGUUUAUGGCUGAUUAGGAGAAAUCGCUGAAGAGCGGCGGAGACGGAAAGUGUAGUUGGUGGGUGUAUUUUUUUCUAUAUUUUCUUUCCUCUGUAUGUUGUAUCCUGUAGUGGUGUAGUUUAUCUAUUGUCGUUGCGCUAGUGCAAACUUGGACAGAGAAGUGUAGUACCUUUAUGGUCAUCAUGUGAAAAGUAACAUUUGCUUUUA